AUUUCCAGUCAAUAUAUCACAUUAAUACUUUGACAAUAAUUUUGUUUGUUGUUCACGAAAUUAACUAAAAACAUAAUCGUAAACAAGUUUAUUUCAUGUGUGUCUGGAGUUGCGUGUCGCGUUGAUUAAACCGCGUGUUUGUGUUGUCGAGGUGAUCGUAUAAACUUGCCCAAUUUUUUGUUUUUAUUGGCUGAGUACUGUUAAUUUGUAUUUAGUUGUUUUAUUGUUUAUAUUGUGCAUGUAAACCAUGCAAAUGUGAAUAAUACAUCUUUACAUCGUUCAUCUUUUGUUGAGCGUCGAAAAAGGUUCAAUCGGGCCCUGAAUCGUUGGAUGGGGCUUGUUGUGCCCCUAUUUUCUUGCGCUGGCUCCCACCUCAACUACCACCAUUACCCCGCUAAAUUCAGAAGGGGUCCUGGACAUGACUGCCACGGAAAACACAAUCCGUUUCAGUGUCCACACCCUGGACAAGGCCACCAAAGCGAAAGUCACCCUAGAGAAUUAUUACAGUAAUCUGAUUGCGCAGCACGUCGAAAGAAAACAAAGGUUGGCGAAACUCGAAGAAUCUCUGAAAGAUGACAGCCUGUCCGAGGAGCAGAAGAAUGAAAAACGGUUGCAGCACGCGCAGAAAGAAACCGAAUUCCUGCGACUGAAACGUUCGCGACUCGGCGUCGAAGAUUUCGAACCGUUAAAGGUGAUAGGCCGUGGCGCGUUCGGAGAGGUGCGUCUCGUCCAGAAAAAGGACACCGGCCACGUAUACGCGAUGAAGAUCCUACGCAAGGCAGACAUGCUGGAGAAGGAGCAAGUGGCACAUGUACGCGCCGAAAGAGACAUCCUCGUUGAGGCUGACCACCAGUGGGUCGUCAAGAUGUACUACAGUUUUCAGGACCCUAUAAAUCUGUAUCUGAUAAUGGAGUUCUUGCCGGGCGGCGACAUGAUGACGCUGCUGAUGAAGAAGGACACGCUCUCCGAGGAGUGCACGCAGUUCUACAUCACCGAAACGGCCCUCGCCAUUGAUUCGAUACACAAGCUGGGGUUCAUACAUCGUGACAUCAAGCCAGACAAUCUGCUGUUGGACGCGAAAGGCCACCUCAAAUUGUCCGAUUUUGGACUGUGUACCGGACUGAAAAAGUCCCAUCGAACGGACUUCUAUCGCGACCUGAGCCAAGCGAAACCCUCAGACUUCAUUAUCACCUCGAGUCCGAUGGACAGUAAACGCCGUGCGGAAAGUUGGAAGAAGAACCGACGGGCGUUGGCGUACAGUACGGUAGGGACGCCCGACUACAUCGCUCCAGAAGUGUUCCUGCAAACCGGAUACGGACCGGCGUGCGACUGGUGGUCACUGGGAGUCAUCAUGUACGAGAUGCUCAUCGGCUAUCCACCCUUCUGCUCGGAGAAUCCGCAGGACACGUACAGGAAGGUGAUGAACUGGCGCGACACGCUCAUCUUUCCCGCCGAGGUGCCCAUCUCGGAGGAGGCCAAAGACACUAUCAUUAAGUUUUGUUGUGAAUCGGAUAGAAGGUUGGGAUCUCAAAAGGGGCUGGAAGAUUUAAAGAUAAUUCCGUUUUUCCGAGGAGUGGACUGGGAGCACAUAAGGGAAAGACCUGCCGCGAUACCGGUCGAGGUGCGAUCGAUAGACGACACAUCAAACUUUGACGACUUCCCCGACGUUAAACUUGAAAUUCCUUCUGCUCCAAUGCCUCAGGACGGUGAAGUGAACUAUAAAGACUGGGUGUUUAUUAACUAUACAUUUAAACGGUUCGAAGGUCUAACGCAGAGGGGGACGCCGACGAAGAAAUAGUUUGGCACUUUUUGUUAUUAGCUUUUAUCGCAACGGCAAAAGUAUGUUUUGCUAGACGCUUAUUUUUAGAAAACGAUCGACACACUACGGUGUUAUUGUACAUAGCCAAAGGAUGCGAAAGGGCGCGAAACUCUCUUCACUUCUCUGCAAGAUAUUUUUACUGAGGAAACAUGAGAUAGGGAUAUAUUUUUUUUUUUUGGUUGAUCAAAAACAAAUUGAGGUCGGGUGCCGUGAAAAUAGCUUGUGUAAGACGAAAUGAUGGUGUUGUUUUCUAAAAAUAAGUUUUCGUGUAUAUUAUAGGUCUGAAGCAGUUUUGCACUGUUUGCUUUGGAGCUGUGAGAAGCUGUAAGCUUGUGUUGUAGUUGAAUUGAUAUUACAAUUAAGUUUUAUAUUUUGAACAUGUGUUUUAUCUCGAUUUGUACAUAUAUAUUUUUUAUUUUUAAUAAAAUUGUUGUAAUCAUUUGUCCACUUUAUUAAAUCAUUUCUCUGUGAUUGUACCUAUUAUAUUUUAAACAAAAAUUAACAUCCAAUAUCUAUUUAACUACACUCUGAGCGUUUUGUGUAUAUGUUAUUUUUUGUUUUAUUGUUAUAAAGUGAUACAUUUAUUGUUUACAAAUUGUUUUUAACUUAUAGACCAUGUAUUUCCUGAAUUCACUUCAGGAUUAUUUUGUAAUAGCUUUGAUGGAAAUCACCGAAAAUUUUAGCACUUGUGUCCAUCUGCUUCUGUCAGUGAGAUCAUUUUUAAGUUUCAUGUAUUGCAUAAGGAGGAAGAUAGAUUAUAAUAUUAUUCAAUCGCUGUGUUAUGUGUCUAAACAAUACAAAAAUUAUUAAAUCAAAUUGUUUUUAGACAUGUAAGACAUAUUUAUUAAAUAAAUAAAAGUAUUGUUUCUUAUUAGAGCGCAUUUAAAAAAAUAAAACAUCAAAUUAUUUAGUAGAUGUAAAUAUAAUACAAGAAAUAAUAAUAAUUAUUCAACUUGAGGAAUGUAAAAUGAAUUUGGAAUAGUUGGUACAUAUAUAUUGUAGUAAUCAGUUAAAAACCACAUUUUGCUCGAUUUCGCUACUAUUAUAUUGAAAUGUUAGAAUUUCUGUGAUGCGUCGGGUCUUAUUAUGCAUGGAUAUGAUCAAUAAUGAAUUGUUUUUAUUGUUAGACAUAUCAGGCAUAAGAAGGAGUGCAUGUGAACACAAUUUGGUAGAAAUGUAAAAUUUUAUAUGAAUGUUGAUGAUUAAGAAGUAGCUCUCUACAACGUGCAUCAAAAUACGACGAUUUUGGUGCAUAUAGUAGAUUAUAGAAUUUAUUUAUGUCUUUUUUGUUAUUUAUUACAGUUUGUAUUUUCUAGUUGGUCUCGCUAACAGGACUUGUACAUAUAAUUACUUCCAAAAAUGUGUAUAACUAAAAAGAAUAAACAUAUGUGCUUA